AUGCACAAAUAAUAACACACACAAAAUACUAACAUGAAUUUCACUUUUAAUAUAUCGGUUUCCUAUUGGUUUUCCCGCCUAUCAGGCGAGGAAACCGAUAUAUUAUGAAAUUCAUUGUUUGUAUAUUACUCCUCUACGCCCUAACAGCGCCUGUUGUUGGAUGAUGUAUGACAUGUGGUUACCAUCAUCAUCCACCAACAGGCGCUGUUUGGGCGUUAUGUAGCUUAGCAGCAAGAUUCCGCUUAAGGUACUUCCUGUUGACUUCCUUGUAUUUAAUUUCAACAGUUCAUGCGAUCGGUCGCGGUCUUACAACGUGUCCAUGGGUUAUCCAUGCAAGGGUUUUAUAUCAUCUUACGAGGAGGAAUAUUAAUAUAUGUCAAGUAUAUUAAUUUAGAAGACGAUGGCUUUUGCGUUACCGGUGUGGCUCGCUGUCCAGGAAGAGUUCCUUGGAUACGAAGAUGAGCCCGUUAAACCAUACGCGUCUCCCGUUCAUCCAGCCGUGCUACCUAUACAACCAGACGCGCUGUCGAGGACUUUAUUAGACGAACUGGAUGACCAGAGCUUGUUUGAAAGCUUCCACCUUACCAGACCAUGCAUCUCCUUCCUCCUGGACCUCCUCGAACGGCAGAUAGACCGUGUCAGACAACCGGAGCACACAGCGGAAGGCAUGAUCCUGCUCGCCCUGAACUUCUACGCCAUGGGAACUGUGUCGGCUGAUCUCCUGGUCAAAACCGGGGUUCGUAGUUUAGACUCGUCUGGUGUGAUCGCGCUAGUCUCCAAGCAUCUUUCAGACAUGGCGGACCAGUUGAUCGCAUUACCGGAGACCCGCAAGGACCAGGGGGAUCUCGCCGCGGUCAACAAGCGAUCCUGCGGGAUCCCCCGGGUACUGGGAGUUCUCGGCACCGCCCACUUCAGGACCCAGGACCAUAGCGAGGUGUUCCGGUCCCCGCUUUUCCUCAACACGCACGGCUACACGUCGGUGGUUUGCCAGGUGGUGUGCGACCUGGCCGGUUACCUACUGAACGUGGAGCGGUGUCAGAUUGGGAGCAAACCAAACCACGAGCUGUGGAUGUCCUCCUCGAUCAAACUCAAGGACUCCAUAGCCCCGGAGUUCUGGCUCGUCGUCGGGCGGGGCUACGAGCAGAGCCCCAACCUCCUCCCGGCGUUCUCCAAGCCAGUGAACCAGCACCAGGCGAGCUUCAACGCGGCCCAGGGGCGGGCGAGGGCCGUGCUCUCGUGCACGCUGGGCCGUCUGAAGGGGAGGUUCCGGGUUCUGCAGCUGCUGGGCUCCGUGGACGAGCGGCUGGACGGCAAGCAGCGGGUCAUCGAGGCGUGCUGCGUCCUCCACAACCUCGCCAACCAGUUCUCCGUCCCCGCGGCCUCGGGCGCCGCCAGGGACCUCCAGCACCCGGCCAAGACCAGCUGGUGUCCCCAGGAGCGGAUCGGGGUCAACCGGUCGCGGCUGCUGCUGGACCGGCUGCAGCUGCUGGCGGACUUCUCGCCGCCGCCCGGGGGACACGCUGCCAUGGCGACGGAGAGUGAGGAGGAGGACCCUAGUACUACACACUAGGAGGACGCGUGCACACUGACUGACGGACGCACAAGGCCGUGCAGACAGACACUAGGAUUAGGGCUGGGAUAAAAUAUUAUUUUUUAUACAAUUAAUCUAGCGAUUCUUUUUUUCCCGAUGCAUCGUUUAAUUCAACGAUUUUCUUUUUCAGUCCGAUUCGAUUUCGAUUCGAUUAUCUCCGCAUUAAUUGACUAAUAGCAAUUUAUACAUGUUGAAUACAUAUCUGAAUGAAAAAAACAUGAAUUCUUUAAUAUUGCAAUACAUGUUUAUUGCCAUACAAUUCCAAAAUAAAAGUGCAAAGCCUACUAAUGCAUUCUUAGAAGUCAGAGGUAGCAUUCAAUAAAGCCUUGAAGCCUUGAAAACACAAAGGCCUUCCGUCCAUCUCCAUUUUGCAAAGACGACAUAUCACGGAAUCGUUUCCUUUUACAUUAAAGAAUUCCCAUACUUUAGGGAACGAGUGCGUGGCGCCUUGCACUUAUGAAAGUCUGAGGAGCCACUCGCGUUGCUACUACGCUCCGGCGCUGCUAUCUUUGUUUUGGGUUUUUCGAAUCGACCCGCAUUUUUCGAGUGACGUCAUCUUCAUCGAUUACGUCGACGCGUUGUCUCAGCCUUUACUAGGAUGUGUCUGAAGAUGUUUUCUACUGAGUUUAUAUAUUAUAGUAUAUAGUGUUAUAUAUCGAUUUAUAGGUGUUCAAACUAAACUGAGUCAUGUAGAUCUUGUGGAUAACGGGAAAAGCAUUAAAGGUUUUGUUAAAGUC